AUGGAUCAAGAAUCUAUGGGAAUUGGGGUGUGUGUUGUGUUGACGCUUAUCCUUCUAACUUCAAAGCUGGAUCUCAAUUCUGAACUCAAAACACUUAAAAUAGGAGAGAGAAGAGAACAACCCAACACAGUGAAAUGACAUAGUUGCAUAGAUGGAGAGAGAGAGAAAGUGUGUUGUGUACUGUGUCAAGUGGCAGCAACAACAAAACAUCGCAUAACGACACACACUCUUGUUUCUUGUUCUUCGCUCACCAACAUCAACACACUCCCACACUCACCACUCACCACCGCUUCUUCUACCGUCUCUCUUCUUUCUUUUUUAGUCUCUCUUCAACAACAAAAGUACAAACCCAAAACCAAAAGAUAUCUUUUUUAAUCUUCGAUUAUACGAUUAUGGGUAGUUUUGAAGCCACGAAUGUUGUGGUGGCCAGAAUCAACAAGCUUGACCCUGAGAAUGCAUCAAAGAUCAUUGGCCACAUUCUCUUCAACCUUCAAGAACCUGACCUUCUUCGUUUGGCUUCAACCCCUGACUAUGUCCUUCAUAACCUUGUUCUCAGAAUCAAAACCCACUUGGGACUCUCUUCUUCUUCACCUUCUUCACCUUCUAACACCAUUCUCAACAACCAUUUACCACCAAGACACCCCACUACUUCUCCUGCUACCACCCCAAAUAACAACAGCAGCAGCAGCAACAACCCCUUUUCACGCUUCAGUACUGGUAACAACCUACUUCCUGGGUUACCAAACAACCCCAUUAGCCCAAAUUCAAGUUUUUCAGUCUCUCGUGACAGUAUCUAUGGUGGGUCUGUGUCAAAAUCUAAACUUUCACUUUCACCUCGUGUGAGGAGUGAUGGUGCUGGUGACUCUUUUGUUGAUGAGCAAGAAAUGGGUGAUUACCUUUCUUUUCUCAACGAGUCACUGAAUAAUAAUAAGGAUAAUGAGGAUGCUGUGGAUCCAAUUAGGCUUGAUUUGGGUCAUGGUGCUGUCAACAACAAUGGCGAUGGCCAUUUCUUCCAUAGGAGGAGUUACUCUGCUAGUGACGCGUUCUUUGGGGUGCCUGAUGAAGAAGUGGGAAUUGGGUACAAACCAUGUCUUUACUUUGCAAGAGGGUUCUGCAAAAAUGGAACCAACUGCAACUUUGUUCAUCAUCAUGAUGCUGUGGACAACGCUGCCAUUGUUGAUUCUCCAACUAUGGAAGAGCAUGAGGCUCUUAUGAGUUUGAAGGCUGCACACCAUCAAAGAUUAAUGGCUGCUUCUCAGCUCAUGUCUGCUGGUGCUGCACCAACCCCAAUGGACAAAUACAUUAACUUUUCCAUGCUGCGAAGGAAUGAUCCCCAAAGGGCAGCUGCUGCUGCAGCAGUCAUGACGGCAGAAGAAUUUAACAGGUUUGCCAGGUACAGGCAGGAGAGCAUUGACAUUCUAGGUAUUGCAUCGGCUGAAAGGCCUAAUUCUCCUUCGAGGCAGAUUUAUUUAACGUUUCCGGCGGAAAGCACAUUUAAAGAUGAAGAUGUUUCAGAAUACUUCAGCAAAUUUGGACCCGUGCAUGAUGUGAGGAUUCCUUACCAGCAAAAGCGAAUGUUUGGGUUUGUUACAUUUGUCUAUUCAGAGACAGUGAGACUCAUAUUAUCCAAAGGGAAUCCCCAUUUCAUCUGCGAUUCCCGUGUACUUGUCAAGCCCUACAAGGAGAAGGGAAAAAUUGUUGAGAAGAGACAACAUCAACCACCACAUAUAGAGAGGGUAGAGCUCUCGCCAUGUUUGAGCCCCUCUGAACUUGAAUUUAAAGCACCUCAUGAUUUCCGUCUUGGAGCACGAAUGUUGUAUAAUCCGCAGGAGAUCUUGCUGAGAAGAAAAUUGGAGGAGCAGGUUGACUUUCAGCAAGCCAUUGAACUCCAGGAAAGAAGGCUGAUGAAUCUACACCUUCCGGACUUUAAGAAUAAUCACCUUUGCCAUCACCAGCGAAGUCUCUCUUUCGGCGCCACUUUGCCAUCAUCUCAACUUCAAGGUCAUAUUAGCAGUCCAAGGCUUUAUUCCGAUAGCAUCAGAGAAGAUAUGACAGGAUUCACCGGCAGCCUUGUUUCUACGGCCAUGGCUUCAGCUGCUGCUGUUGCGCCGCAACAGCAAGAAGUUGAUUUGGCUAGAAUCCAUGAUAACUGCAGCAGGAACGGAAAGGACGGCUCUCAGGAUGAAAUCAUAGAUGUUCAAAAUAGCAUCGAGCAUGCCCUUCCGGAUAACCUCUUUACUUCGCCAACAAAAGCAACCAGGGAUGAUCCGGCAGACUUCUCUUCAUUGGCCGAGGUCAACGAGAGUGCCGUGUUCUCCACAUGCUCAUCAUCUCAGAUCAAGUUAGAACCAAAAAGCGCUUUAAGCGACAUGGCUUCUCAUUAAUAUUCACCAAAUCUAAGGUAAUAAAUAAAUAUAGAAGUGGCAUUGUGAUAACUUUAUUAGAGAUUUGUAGAAGCAUACAGAAGGAUGAAUACUCUAGAUGUAUAUGCAAAUACACCUAGGUUAAAAAAGAUUAGAUCCUAACAGCAAGAAAUACAAUAUUUGAUACUACUAGGACAGACAUAUAUCACUUUAUAAAAGUAAUUAUCUUUUUUCUCUAUUUUUUUCUUUUUGCACUAAACUGAGGCACAACAAAGUACUAUAGAUUUUUACCUUAAUGUAUAAUAAAUAUACAACUCUUUUGAUACUUUCAUAUCUCAUUUUGUUCCAAUUAUGCAAAUGUUUCGGUAGAUUAAAAGUUGCCUAGCAGGGGAAUCACAACAAAAUCUUGAUACACCACUGAUUAUACUCAAAGACACUAAGUUGAAAUCUGAGUAGAAAAUAUGCUGUUACAAUUCCAGUCCUCUUGUGUCAUUAUUAUGUCCUCUUUUUAAGGGUUGCUAGUGGUGUACCUGUGCCUACUGACCCAACUUUGAUUCCAUUACUAUUAUUAUUUUUUGAUAUGAACAUGCAAUCAAUAUAGGUCACAGAGGCAAGUCAGGAUAUCAAUAAUGGUAUAGCUUUUAUCAUGUCCAAUAUUUUUUGUGUACAUUUAUUUAUACAUCCCCUAUGUCAAACAUGUAAU